CGGGCUGUGGCGUCACUUUGCAAUGGUUCUUCCAGCAACUCAAGAUCCCAUCUGGCGACUUGCGCCACAAAGAUCUUGUGCAGUGGUACGGUACACGCACCUGAAGAACACAAUCGGAAGCCACAAGAAACCAAAGAUACGACCCUCCAUCACGUUUAUUGUCUUUGACAUUGAUUAUUACAAACUCGUCAAUCAUGAAGCGCCUUUCCCUCGUUCUCUUCGGCUCCGUAGCACUACCGGUGCUAUUCUCUGGGGCUGCCAACGGGUUUCAUCUACGACCUCGGGCGACCACAACUGGUCCUGCUGCUGUCGCCGUCACUCUAUGGCGAGGAGGAUCGUCGGCGCCGUUGACUUCGGCAGCGAUUCCGCCCGAUGAUGCUGCAGAUAUUACCGAAAUCGUAGACGAUGAAGAUGUCGCGCUCGCACUGUUGGAGCUGGAAGUGAAGGCUGCGGAAAAUAUCAUUGUGAUGAAUUGGGGAUGGAUCCUCAACUCUGGUAUCUUGAACAUUUUGGGUGGCAGCUUGGCACUGAUUCUGCCCCUGUCGGGGUCCAGCGUUGCCUACUCAAUUGUGGCAGCGACAUUAGGUGUCGUUGGUGGGUUUGGCAUCGCUGGGAGUACCAUCGAUACUGUGGAACCCGGCUUUCGGGUUAAAUCGUUCCUGUUUGGUGCCCUCAAUCUGUUUCUCUGCUACCGCAUGUCCAAAAACCCAUUCGGAUGCCUCAACGUCUUGACGGCCUAUAUUCUUACCAUUUCCAUUGCCGAAGGUCUCCACGAGACUGUCUUUGCCGUUCAAAACAAGAAGCUACCCCACCGCAAGUGGAACAUUUUGAGCGGACUGUCGUCCAUUGCGGUAUCGGUCUUUGCCAUGAUCAAAAUGCCAGUGUCGUCGCUGGUCGUUCCAGGAAUAUGUCUGGGCGUCAAUCUCAUUAGCCUUGGUACCUCCAAGGUUGGGAUUGCUCUGCUCGGUCAAGUUGAGGCCAACCGCCGUAUGGGGUUCUUGGGUAACGAAUGAGCACAAGGAAUGAAAUGGCAUAGGGCCAUGUCCGAAAACUCUAGCAGCUAGAGUGAUCUUCAGCUACUGGUAUUCAACUUUCCGUAAAUGGUUUGUGGCCCGGGGAAAGCGAAAACCUGCUAGUAAAACAAACAUGCUCCUGAAUUGGGGUUCUUCACCUCGACUGACCUCGUGCCAAGCCACAACCUUAGUCGAUGAUGUACAUGCAA